ACGAUAUUACCAAAGAACCCGUAAGUAAACAAGCUCAACCAUGAUGACCCCCUUGGUUAGAUUAUGCGCGAAGUUCGGCAGACACCUUUCCCGACCAUGGAGUGCUUGCCAGUUAGGGCUGCGGCACAGGUCGUCACAGUCUGCUGCAGAGAUGUCUGCCGAGCCGGCGGCUCCUGGCACCAUGUUUCCUCCCCUGCAGACGUUUUCAGAGGAAGAGUCUAUGAUGAAGGAGGCUGUCAAGAAAUUUGCACAGGAGCGUAUUGCUCCAUUUGUAUCUAAGAUGGAUGAAAACUCAGCCAUGGAUGCGGAUGUGAUUGGAGCACUAUUUGAACAGGGGUUGAUGGGGAUUGAAAUCAGUCCAGACUAUGGAGGCACGGGCUCAACAUUUUUCUCCUCCAUCCUGGUCAUCGAGGAGCUGGCGAAAGUGGACCCAUCUGUGGCUGUGCUCUGCGACAUCCAGAACACGCUCAUCAACACUCUGGUUUCCAAUCUUGGCACAGAUGAGCAGAAAGAAAAAUAUCUCACUCGACUGUCCACAGAUAUGGUUGGUAGUUUCUGCCUGUCAGAGGCGGAGUCAGGGAGCGACGCUUUCUCUCUGAAAACGCGUGCAGAAAAACACAAAGACUAUUACAUCAUCAAUGGUUCUAAGAUGUGGAUCAGCAAUGCAGAGCAUGCUGGAGUUUUCCUCGUGAUGGCCAAUGUGGACCCUUCUGCUGGUUACAGAGGCAUCACUUGUUUCAUCGUGGAUGGGAACACCGAGGGACUCCACAUCGGCAGGAAAGAGAACAAACUGGGCCUAAGAGCCUCCUCCACCUGCCCCCUGACCUUCGACAAUCUCAAGGUCCAUGAGAAAAACAUCUUGGGAAAAAUUGGCCAUGGUUACAAAUAUGCCAUUGGAAUGCUGAAUGAGGGGAGAAUUGGUAUCGCAGCACAGAUGCUGGGUUUGGCCCAGGGUUGCUUUGAUCACGCGAUUCCCUACACCAGACAGAGGGUGCAGUUUGGCAAACGCAUCUUUGACUUCCAGGGCAUGCAGCACCAGAUUGCUCACGUGGCCACCCAGCUGGAGGCGGCACGGCUGCUGACCUACAACGCAGCGCGUCUGAAGGAGGCAGGGAGACCUUUCAUUAAAGAGGCCUGCAUGGCCAAGUACUUCACCGCAGAGGUUGCGACUCUGACCACUUCCAAAUGCAUAGAAUGGAUGGGUGGGGUUGGUUUCACUAAGGAUUACCCCAUUGAAAAGUACUACAGGGACUGUAAAAUAGGCACCAUCUAUGAGGGAACAACUAACAUUCAGCUGAGUACCAUGGCCAAGUUCAUCGAUCAGGAGUAUGACCACUAGAUUCACACACACAGCUUCUGUGUGAUGCUGCUGCUUUAGAUACACUCCGAAAUUAUGGCACCAUUAGCCGUGCAGUUAGACCAUGGGGAGAUCAUAUCCAUGAUUUUUAGUUGUGCUGAAUUCUGUAGUUUGUCAAUACAACCGUAAAUGCAUUUUGCUGACCUGAUCAGAACUUAGUGGAACUGUUCUGUCUCCACUAACCUGCAGUAUGGAUGGUUUAAAAAAAGAUUUGCUGGGAUACUGAGGAAUAAACUGUAUGUGUAGAUACAAAUUUGGAUUUGUGUAUAGCAAGAAAAAAAAUGCCCUUGGAUUUUGACACAUUGAUGCACAAUAGUGAAGAGUCCAGUUUGUGCCCCUUCAUUGAUUCAAAAAGACAUACAUUACCUGUUAGCCCGUUCAGUGUGGUAACAGGUAUGAACUUACAAACUGUUCUGAUCCGCAACUCCUGGCAAUAUGAUCCAUUGAGACCGUAUUACACAUUAAGGUUCACUCUCAUUGUCUGUGACCUUAAGACCAUUAGUAUGAACCUCAGUGAGAGAUAACUAAGAUCAGUAAUUUGUGUUGAGAUGUUCUUUCAGACAUCAGGCACAGUCAUUAGAAUUUUAAUUGUGUUCUGUGGCUGGAUUUUUUUUGUCCUAUUUUGUCCUUGUGUAGAAUCCCUUUAAAGACUUGACUUGAAUGUCUCUUACACAGAAGUGAUGAAACAUGUCCAUAAAAACACCCACAUGCCAGCUGGCAUAAGGUGUAUCAUAUCAAUAUUAGUUGUUAGUCUGAAAAACCAAGCAAAUAAGUAUUUAAUGUAUCAGAAUAAGUAGGCCCUACCCUAAUGUUCCUGCCUGGUUCCUUCAUCUUGUGUUCUGUUCUUUUAAAAUUCCAAUCUUCAGCAGUGAAGUAGUUUAGUAGUUAAAGCUACAAUCCAGACAGAUUUGAGUGUGUUUAAGCAGUUUCAGACAUCACACCAAUGCCCUACAGACUCAUCAAAACUGUCAUUUAUCCUGUUAAGUAAGAGGGCGUGGUGAAAAGGAGAAAGAGUGAGAGCUCUGAAUGAUAACUGUCACUGGGCCCAGUUAUUCAGAUACUUUGUCUGUCUCAGAGAAGGUAAAAAGAAAAAGAUCAUUCAGUUGUUUAAAUUGGCAUUGCUUUUCAAAAUGCCUCAGUGCGUAAGCUCCUGCUUUGUAUCGGAUGUUCCCAGUGACUGUGUACUCACUGUAUGUACACUGUGUAGACUUUCAGACUACUGUAUUGUAUUGAGCACAGAACAACACAGACACCUUUACCAAAAAUUACACUGUUCUUCCCUAUUCAGUCGGAGGCAUUCACAUUUUGUCCUGUAAUGUUGAUCUGGCACAGCUAUGUUUAUGGUGUAUUGAACUUUUACUGAAUAAUGGUUAAUGAUUUUUAACAACAUGUGUCCAUUAAUAUGUGGUUCAGCUAUUAGUGCAAAUUCAUUUAGAACUCCUACCCAAAACUCAGUUCUGUUCUGCACCAUGAGUCAGUCAGUGCCUUGUAGUGGAUGUCUGUGGGAGGUUUUAUGGGAAGGUUACAAAAAAAAGUUACAAAUAAUUGCUGUAACACAGCUGCAUAAUAAUCGAUUGGUUUUGCAUUUUUUCAUGUGAGUGAGUUUG